CCACAGCCUCAUUUCCCCUCCUCCAUUACCUUUGCUCCAGCUCGCUUACACUGUUUCCCUUUUGGAAGCAGGCUGUCUGCCUCUGACAAAAUGUUCAGAAUCAGGGUCAUUAUACAGAAGACCUUGAUUCUUUUGUAUGUAUCUCUGUGUGUUGCUAUUGGUAAAAUGCUGAUGAUACUGUUUCCAGAAAUGAUGAAAAGAUAUAUUCUAAAACAGGGGCAAAAGAGCAGCAUAGGCAUGAAUCCAAAGUUCAGCUAUGAGAACUGGGGUCCGACUUUCUUCAGCUUGAAAUAUUUACUUUUUGUUUUGAAAGUGAAGUGGAAAAGGCUGGAAGAUGAAGCAUUUGAAGGACAAAAUGCUCCCAACACCCCAGUGGCAGACUUCAGGGAUGAAAUGCAUCACAUCUUGGACUUCAUGCAAGACAACAGGCCUUUAGUCCUGAAUUUUGGAAGCUGCACCUGACCUUCAUUUCUUUUCAAAUUCAGCGAGUUCAACAAGCUUGUUGAAGAUUUUAACUCCGUAGCAGAUUUCCUUAUAAUCUAUAUUGAAGAAGCUCAUGCAACAGAUGGAUGGGCUUUUAAAAACAACAUUGUUAUUAAAAAUCACCGAAACCUUCAAGAUCGAAAAAAGGCUGCACAAUUUCUUUUGAAAGAGAAUCCUUUAUGCCCAGUGGUUUUAGAUACUAUGGAAAACCUGAGCAGUUCAAAAUAUGCAGCUCUGCCAGAAAGACUUUAUCUGGUGCAAGGAGGAAAGGUUGUCUAUAAGGGUGGAGUGGGACCUUGGAAUCAUUCUCCACAGGACAUACGUGCAAUCUUGGAAAAACUAAAAUAGGUGAACAAAUCAGAAGCCCCAAGAAUAAAGUGGUCUAUCUGGAAAAUGUGGUCACUAAACAACUUGCUCUGGCCUUUUUUAAAAUAUAUUUUUACUGCUGUUAAUUUUAAAAUAAUUACAGAAAUCAGAGGUUAAAAAGAAUAUAUACUCACCCAAGAGAAAAAGGAAAUGGGUAGACAAAGAUAUAGUAUGAGUUACACCUUAUUCAAGAAUCAUAUCAAUAUGACUUGAUUCAACACCAUUUGAAAUUAAUGGAAAAGCUCUCUAAGAAUGUUAGCCCAGAUAUGGAGUCAUAGAUGUACCCAUCAGCUACAGGUCAGCAUACAGGAAAUACAAGUAAAACAAAAACAGAGAGAAUAAAAUGAGUACAAAAAUCAAAAGUGUUUUUAUAGAUUUCAUCACUACCCUGUUUAUACUCCCUUGGUCCAAAAUUUUUCAUAUAGGGAAAUUACUUGUCUCUAAAAAAAAAAAUCCCUGAUAUUACUCCAAAUGUGUAAUGGCUUUCAUACACCCAUCCUUAAUUAGUUUAGGUAGCAUCUGAUACAAUAAAACUUAUUAAACAGAAAAUAAAUUGUGUCUAUAUUCUCUACACUUUGAUUAGCUCAAGAUUUCUUGUAAUUAAAAUAUGAAAUAAAUAGUGGGAAGAAAAAUAUAUUUUAUUCCACUCAACGUACCUCUAAUUUAGUGCCCAAUCCUUCAGCUCUGAUGAAGGUAAAAUUCCCACCGAGAUUAACAGGAGUUUUUUGCCUGCUUUAGGACUAAGAUUAAUCCUUUUGAGAUUUGAAAUGUGGCCUUAUCAGUGAAACUUUACUAGUAAUGCAUCUUGGUGCCAACAGAUUCAGAUAGUGUUCAGUAUCACUGAGACAGCAAUAGUACAACGUGUUAUAACAAGUCACUGAAGUACUUUUUGAAACUGAAAUCUAUAAAAUAUUAGUAAUUAAAAGCCAUACAAAUGGCUUGGAUGAAUGUUGGAGUAGUGUAUUAGCAAACAAAACAAAUGAUUGCACACUGAUCCGUUUUU